AAUACUUUCAGGAAUGUAAUAUUAUGACCUGGGUGGCAGAUUUUCUAUUCAGAUGUAUCAUUUACUAUUGAUACUACUUGUUUCUUCGUGUAUAACAGGCCAGAAGUACAUCAAGAAGUUUUAUCAUGUAACACACGACUCACAGAGUUUAGAGACCUAUAAACUAGCGAGCAUCUCAGAUUCGUCUUUCCUGUUUGUGUUGUCAUACGGAUACAGAGACCUGAGGAUUAAGCUGUAUCCACCUCACCACCUAGACUCGCUAUCAACCCCUCUCCUUGAGUCCCACAGUGAUCACACUCUUCUUACUGGUUAUGUUGAAGGUGAUCCUAAUUCGGAGGUGUUGGGUCACUUCACAAAAGAGGGUAUAUUCAGUGGUGUAGUGUACACAGCGGAAGACACCAUUCACAUUGAACCUUCCCACAGAUUUGGAGUCACUACCUCUCACAAUGUGGUCUAUCACAGAUCAGAUGUAGAUUAUACAGAGGUUUACAAGAACUUUAAAUAUACUACCCCUGGUAAUGUAUAUAAAGUUCCUAAAGAAGAUAUUCGCAAAGAAAACAUUACAUCAGAGGAGAAGCCAAUAUCGUAUUCACAUUAUGUCAAACGGAGCGCCCAAGCUAGCGAAGACAUACCAAGGAGAAGAAGGACAUGUCCAGUGUAUCUGGUAUCUGAUCAUCUGUUCUUCGAGAAACACGGAUUGAGCGAUGAACAGAGAACUAAAAACGAGCUCAUUCUACAUUUACAUGAAGCAGAUAAAAUAUUCCGUUCCACUGAUUUCAACCAAGACGGAACAAACGAUAACGUUGGAUUUAGUGUGGCUAACAUUUCUAUACUCAAGAAGAACACCGCUGAAAGCAAGUUUAGUGACAAAGUUAUUGGAGUUAAAGAGUUCCUGGACCGGUGGAGUGAAUACAACCACGACCAGUACUGUCUGGCAGUUCUCUUCACUUACCGGGACUUUGACAGUGGAGUACUCGGACUUGCUUGGGUAGCGUCAGUAGAUGGUGCACCCGGUGGAGUCUGCCAGAAGCGACAAGCAGUCGGGGGAUACAACAGAAACCUAAACACUGCCAUCGUGUCCCUUAUCAACUUUGGCAGAUAUGUGGGCCAUGCGGUCUCUUUUAUCACUGUCGCUCACGAGCUGGGCCACAACUUUGGAUCUUCUCACGACGAGGAUUCUCCUUCAUGCUCGCCCGGGUUAGAAGGAGCUGGGAACUACAUCAUGUACGCACGUGCAACAGAUGGCAACCUGCCAAACAACGUUAAGUUCAGCUUAUGCAGCAAAGAAGCUAUCACACGAGUACUUUCUGUCAAGGCUGUACAGUGUUUUCAACAGGAGAAGAGUUACUGUGGUAACAAGAUAAAAGAAUGGAACGAGGUAUGUGACUGUGGAAACGUAGAAACGUGUAACGACAUCGACCACUGCUGUACCCCCAAAUCAGGCAUCUCCACAGGAUGUGUCCUGAAGAGAAGUCAGCUACGCGGACCUGCAUACCAUUACCAGUGCAGUCCUCAGGAGGGGCCGUGUUGUGAGGCGGCUAGUUGCUCUUAUACUGCCAAGUCUCACAAGUGUCAUGAUGAGGAAUCCUGCAAACAUUCCAGCUACUGUAACGGUUCCUCUGGAGUGUGUCCAGCAGCUCCCCACAAAAAUCAGAUGUAUUGUAAUGAUGGUUCCAACACUUGCUACGAGGGAGAGUGUAAGGGCAGUGUCUGUCAGCUGGUAAACUUGGCCGAGUGCCAAUGUCAGAGAGAUAAUCUGUGUACAGUGUGCUGCUUGGAAGGAGGGAUGUGUCGACCAUCGGGCAGUUUACUGAAUCAGGACAUUCAACUAACAUACCUGAUGUCUGGUAGAUCUUGUAACAACUACAAGGGCUACUGUAACAGUGAUCAUCAGUGUAUACAGGUUAACCUAGAGAAUCCCCUCACUUCGUUGGAUGAUAUUUUCUCGAAGAAGAAUCUGGGAAAUGCGUACCAGUGGCUGAAGACGCACUGGUAUUACACGCUCACCAUUAUCGGCUGUACCUUCCUACUUUGUAUUCUCCUCAAGGUGACGUACAGACGAUCAGCCCCCAUGCAGAAGUACAUGCAGCACAUCUCCCAAACCCUGAGAAGAGUCAGUAAACCAAACAGCCACUACCAGCACCACCAGCUGCCUGGUACUCCUAACAGCGACGAGGACCAAGAGAAGCUGGCAAGGAUGUGUGCAAUGUUCCCCACAGCGAGCAGGGCAGUGACAUGGGACGUGAGAAGAGAGGCGGUGAGUGAGGAGGCUGCCGUUAUUACCAUGCUCAAUCUGGGAUAUCCCUUCAAACCUAACUCAUUGUAAACAACAGUCUCCUUUUUUCAACCUUGAAUUUCGUCGAUCAAUUACUUUUUUAAAGUUGAGGACAGCACAGCUCGAAGAAAAACUCGAAGAAAAACUUUAAAAUUCAGUGUUCAUUGCAAAUUUCAUUGUGAAAAGAUAUGAAUAGUAAACAGCCAGCAAUCAUGUAUGCAUCCAAACACGUUUAUUGACCCAAAAAGUAAGAACAAUAUACAGAUCAGAUUUCAAAAGUAACCCUAUAUCUUUACGUAGUAUGCUAUAAACAAUGAUACUAUUUAAGUAUUUCCAUCUUACGGGGGUAUUAGGCUUUAGCUGCCAAAAUUAAACAAAUACUGUUUUCAUUUAAACUUUGAUUUAUACUCUGAUGAUUCAUGAUAUUUGAAAGUUAUUUUUGGCUGGAGGUGGCCACUUUUGCUUUGACUCGUGACAGAUGUGCCCCUAUAUUAUUAAUUUUAGUAGCUGGUCUCAAAGCUGCUUAAGUAACUGAAUAGCAUAACUGAAUGGUAAAUUUGGGCUGUUUACAUGUCGAAAUAAAUCUGUUUCAUCUCCCAGUCCUCAUUUGUUAACUUAGUGUUUUGCUCAUUUAAAUUUUUGGUAAUAAUGAACGAUCUAAGUAUUUAAUUAUUCGUUGCUAACUAAUUUGUUAUUUUAAGUAAAAUUAUUUCAACUUCAGAUAGUUUUUCUAUGCUACAAUGUAUGUUUUAAAGCUGUUCAGUGACCACAUCUUUAAAAAGGCCUUAUUUUGAGUUAACUGACAAUUUCUACCGGGUGGAACUGCAAGCGCACCAUAAUUUGGCACUGUUUUAUAUCAUGAUGUCAUUUAAACUUAAACCACUAUGUAUUUUAAAUGUCAUUCUAGUUUUUAUAUUAUUACGUAAUUCUGAUAUAUGAUAAGUUUAGUUUUUUUCUAGUGCUGACGAUUCAGAUUUUAUGUAUUCAUUAAAAACAUAGAAAGACUAGAAUGCUGGUUCAUAUAAUUUUUGUAGCUAAAACAGUUUUACUUUUUAGUAAAUAUAUUAAUCAUUUAUCAAUUUUAUAUGAUGAUAUUGAUUAUUAAUAUUUGUAUUACUUAUUUAUUCAUUCUUUACUGUUCGUAA